AGUCCGAGUGGGAAGGUCGCGGGCCGCAAACAUGAUGGUCCUGUGCGCCGGGUGCGAGCGGCCCAUCCUGGACCGCUUCCUCCUCAACGUGCUGGACCGAGCGUGGCACGCCAAGUGCGUGCAGUGCUGCGAGUGCAGCUGCAAACUGACGGACAGGUGCUUCUCCCGGGACGGAAAGCUCUUCUGCAAACUGGACUUCUUCAGGCGCUUUGGCACGAAGUGCGCGGGCUGCCUGCAGGGCAUCUCCCCGAACGACCUGGUGCGCAAAGCGCGCAGCAAGGUGUUCCACCUGAACUGCUUCACGUGCAUGGUGUGCAACAAGCAGCUGUCCACGGGAGAGGAGCUCUACGUCAUCGACGAGAACAAGUUCGUGUGUAAAGAAGACUACCUGAGCUCCGGGGCCAUCAAGGAGGUCAGCCUGAACUCAGUGUCCUCGUGCACGGACAGGAGUUUAUCUCCGGACCUGCAGGACCCCACGCAGGACGACAUAAAGGAGACGGACAACUCCACCUCCUCCGAUAAGGAAACGAACAAUAUAGAGAACGAGGAGCAGAACUCGGGGGCCAAGAGGCGGGGGCCCCGCACCACCAUCAAGGCCAAGCAGCUGGAGACGUUAAAGGCGGCCUUUGUGGCCACGCCGAAGCCCACGCGACACAUCCGGGAGCAGCUGGCGCAGGAGACGGGCCUGAACAUGCGCGUGAUCCAGGUUUGGUUCCAGAACAGGAGAUCCAAAGAACGAAGGAUGAAACAGCUGAGCGCUCUGGGAGCCCGACGUCACGCUUUCUUCAGAGGCCCCAGGAGGAUGAGGCCCCUGGGAGGCAGGCUGGAGGACCCAGACAUUUUAGGACCCGGAGCUUACAGUUACUACGGAGAAUACCAAGGGGACUAUUACGGACCAGGAGGUAACUACGACUUUUUCCCCCAUGGUCCUCCAUCCUCACAGACUCAGUCUCCAGCAGAGUCUCCUUACAUUCUGGGCUCUGGGCCUGGAGCCAUUGAGGGAUCAGGCCACCACCCUACAGAUGACCAAAGGUACACGGACAUGAUCUCCCAUGCGGAAACCCCCAGUCCCGAGCCGGGCUUACCAAGUUCUCUCCAGCCGGUCCCAGGAGACGCAUAUGGGGGUGGGCCUAGUCCCCCUUUCUCCUUGGCCAGUAACUCCAGCUACAGUGCUCCAAUGUCCCACCAGGGCCAGGAGAUGGGAGAAACCACCUCCUGGUAAUAAAAAAGGGGACAGGGACCAUGCCUGGGAUGAAUGUAUGCCCAGUUACUUCAGGGGAUGAAUCACUACAAACAAACAAAAAAACGUCUGAGAGGAGAAACGGCUGAAAUUUCUACAGAGAAAACUUUUUAAAGUUAUGGACUAGUUUUCAUAAACUAAUGGAAACUGACAGAAGAAUGGGAACACUGGAGAAGCUAGGAAGAGCAGACGCUCCAAAGCAAAUGUCUUUCCUGAACAUAAAGUCUUAAGAAGUGAUUCCAUUUAGCAAAACUGUUUGUCGCCUUCUCCUUCAUGCCAACUGAAGUCUCUUCUGAUGCUCCACGCUCACAUUAAUGAGAAACACCAAAGGGGACGUGUCCAGUUUUCUUCAUUUUUCACCCCAUUUUUAAAAACAGUUUUACUUUCCCUUUGGUUUCUGCCAAGUUGUCCCUCAGCAGCACUCGUAUGCUUUAAUAUUCACCAACAGUCCAAGUGCUGUACAUUUAUUCUGAUUUGAAACAUUUUCCUCCAUAAAACAUGACAUCAAAUCAAAGGCAGCUGGUUGACAGACGUGCACUGACUUCCUCUCACACACACAUCACACACACAUCACAUACAGCUCCCAAUCUAAUGCACAAAACGUGUUCUUGAUCAUAGCUUGAAAGGAUGUCUACACUAUUAUUCAAAACACGAACACAAUUAUACAGACACUUGUACCCUCCCACACACACACACACACACACAUGCACACACGCAUACACACACAUCUCACACCCAUUGAGGCGGCCCUGAUAGUUCUGCUCCCCUCGCUGCUUCACCUGACCUUCCUUUUGUUACUGUCCCUUUAAAAAAAACAUGUUUUAAUGGAAAUGAUUUUCAAAAGAACAUUGAACCCAUAAUGGAGAAUGUCCUUCAGCAGCUGAGGUUUCCUCUAAAGGCAGAAAACAAAAGAGGGGGCAGACAACAUCUGUGACACUUCGGCUGCCUCUCCAAGGAUCGUGUUGCCAUCUAGUGGGCACCUUUUCAAAGCACACACCUCAAAUCAAGCAGCAAGUCCGGCUGUGAGAAGAUUUUAGUGCAGCAGAGGACAAAUUCUUUCAUUUUGUUAAUCCUUUUCAAAUAUCCCAGGGUCAAGCUUCGUCAGGUCCGCUCUUAAAAAAAAAAAGUCAGUCUUUGUUGAAACAAAUUAAACUAUUUACAUCGAAUAAAUCCAAAUUGCAGCUUGAUCUUUCCUCUUUCAGUGCCAUCUUACUCACUUACACACGCUACACAAAACACAUCCAACACUGAGUUAACGCUACUUGAAUAUUGUUUUUAGAUUAUUUGUUUUUUUAUUAUUGUAUAAGAAAAAGAAUGUUUCUUCAAUGUACCCAGAUAUGCUUAGAUGCAAUGUGUGUGUGUGUGCGUGUGUGUGUGCGAGCGCAUGUGUGUGUGUGUGUUAAGGGAGGUCUGGA